UUUUUAUCUGAACGUCAGGACCACGAGAGGGAGGUUCCGCCAAUAAUCCAGAUUGGUGAGUGGAGUCCCUAAUAUACUGAUUCAUUCCCACCUUAUCGAUGAGUUUAAGAUAAUCAUCGAGAAAAUGCAUGGCGGAUUGAAUGGCUCUUUCUGACACCUACAGUAGGCACGCAUGCUCAUCUUGUCACAACGAUAUUUCACAAGAGUGAUAACGAGUGUACGGAAGUGAAAUUUCUUAACAUCGCUUGGUGUAUUGGACAUCAUUAUGUCAAAGAAUGUAUUACAUAAAGCUUGUAAUACCGACGAGACGUAUACUAACUAUAAAGAUUUUGAUAUUAUAUCAACGUCUAAACAUGCCAUUAUUCAAAUGGGAAAUGAAUGCACAGCAUACACCAUCAAUGUCACCCGUUCCUUCCUGGAUGCCAUCAAAGACAAAGGUGGAAGUUUGACGUUUUCAGGGACUCAGCAACCUCUGCUACGGUUGAGUUGGAAAGGCAAUACAGAAAUAUCACAUGACUGCAUCACGAAAUGGAAGGUGGAUUUCUUGUCACUUUUCAAAGGAUGUAAGAGUGCGAUUAUGCAGAAAAUCUCUGCAGAGAUAUUUCAUCCUCUUCGGCUGAUUAUCGAACGAAUAUUUCAAGAAUACGACGCCCAACUGUCAGCUAUAAUUGGUGGUAGUCUGAUAUUUGUGUUCAUGCACAGAAACAGACAGGAUGCGGAUAAGAUGAUCGAGAAGAAACAGGAGAUACACAAGAUCUUCCAGCAACUCUUGGGAGAUAUUGGCAAUAGGGAGGUUAAGUUUGCAUUGUCUGCUGAGAGGGUUGUCAAGUCAUCGCAAUGGUUUCAAAGUUUGUCUGAGGAUUCCACUGGGAUUUAUCCAUCGGACGAAAGGAGCGAGUCGCUCAUACCGAGCAGCAGAAUUGACAGUAUUGAGAUGGAACUGAAGCAGGUUCGCGAGUCAUUGUCUGAAAUGAAAAAUGUAUUGCUCAAAAUGUCGGACAAGAUCCUCAGCGAAACUGACGCACCGGAGGGGACACCCUUGAGACUGCCAGAAGAACAGCCCACAUCUGAUUUGGUGCAGGACCUGAAGGAUCUUCUAAAUACGAAUAGCUCUGGUUUUCAAGUGCCAGAAUCAACUGUGGCACCAGCUUUCUUGUCAGAGCGAAGGCCUCUCCAUGAGCAAUGCACAGCAGAGCCUGAUGACAUGGGGGCAAGAGUUUCCCAUGGCAAAACAAAUUUGACGACAUUCAUCCCAGAACAGCGUGCAACACAACCAGAACCACCCCAUGCAGAAUCCAAGCCACGGGAUCAUAUAGAAGAAAUACAACGACGAGAUGAUAGAAGCGGAAAGGAAUCGGCGAAGGAAAUCCCCGAAUACAAAAGACAACAGAACAGAUUUGACCUGGCAAUAGCAAAGAACUACCAACGUGCAGAGAUGUUGUUGGGCAACCUGAGCGUCUGUAACGUAGGGGAUGGUCACGGUGAUCCAAGAGUCAACCGCUUAGCAGCUUCUGUUGCUGUUGCAUUAGAACAAGAAGAUCCGAAGCCACCUAAAGCUCAGGCACAGGACACUGUGUUAUGUCUGGAUGUAUCUGAAAGCUUGGGACAGAAAGGAUUUGAAGAAGUGAAGCAAGCUGCACACAAGUUUGUAAAUGGUAUAGAGACUGUGGCCGAGCAGCAUGGAUUGGAGGAGAACUUAGCUUUGGUCGUAAUGGGAGGAGGGGUCAGGGUAGUCAGACAAUUGACCAAUGACUACACAGCUAUCAGAGAUGCUAUUGAUGACCUUUUUAUGGGAGGACGAAGCCCUAUUUUCGAAGCUUUGGUGGUUUGCAUUGCUGCAAUUAAAGAGAAAGGAGGAACACUAAGCAUAGGUGGUGUCCACAAUCUCAAGCCAAGGAUAAUUUUCCUCACUGAUGGAUAUGCCACAGAUGACUCUGUUGUUGAAGGUCCUGACUUAACGACUACGGAUCAAAACAUUCGACUGCAGAUAGUACAGCUAACUAGUGUCCUUGCUGACCGGAAACGUGACACCGAGCCAGUUGUUUGGGUUUCAGUUGGAAACGCUGAUCGACAAUUCCUAACUUCAUUAUCCAAACUUGGUCGUGGGACACUUGUCGAGUGCAAGGACAUUGAAAAUCUCUGCAAAUAUUACAGAAUACAGGAAAACAUAGGUAAAAUCUACAUCUGUAUAAAGAACAGCGACGCCGAGUGGGGAGGAACACCAGAGACAAUUGAGACGGUAACCCAGGCGUUGACUGGAGACAUGGACGAAGAUGACAGGGAAUUUGUUAUCCAAGGCGUAAAGCAAAAGCUUGAGUUUUGCGAAGUACCAGAUCCGGAUGAAAAGCCAUCCGAGUUUCACAAUGUACAUGAAGUGAGUGACUUGCCUCCCCUUGGUACCCGUGUUGUCCGAGGUCUUGACUGGCAGUAUGAAGACCAAGACUGUGAAGGUCCCGGGACUAUCGUCAAUCACGCGAAUAAUAGACAUACACUAUGGGUGUUGUGGGACCUGAACGGCAUGAGCUGUCGGUACAGGUAUGGUCACGAUGGGAAAAUGGACGUCGUCGAAGUAGAGGACCAGCCACGCUUCUUGCUGCAGGAUGAAUUCAUAGAAAUCGGAGUCAGAGUCAAACGAGGCGUGAACUGGUCAUUCGGAGAUCAAGAUGGUGGAGUGGGGAGUACCGGUGUCGUCAUUAGAAAGCGCGAGGAUGGUGUUGUAAAGGUAAAAUGGCAAAAUGGACAUUUGAACACUUACAAAUAUGGAUUGGACGGGAAAAUGGACAUUGCUGUCUGUGAACCUGACGACUUUAUGAAAGUGCGAAGCAGUCCCCAAGAUGCAACAACUAACAGAGACGCACCAAGCACCGCAGAUGCCGGUGGAGUCGGAUAUGCAACGGCAACAAAAGAAAAGCCCAAUAUAGCUUGGCAGCGGCAAGAUGAAACAGGGAAGUGGCAGCUCUACAGUGACUCACAUAGGGACAAAAUGGAGAAAGAAUUCACCAGGAAGCCCUCAGGAUCAUGCCUCCUACAAAGGGAAGGAAAGAGUGUUCGUGUCCACUUUAAACAUCCUAUGGUUGAGAAAGAAGUUGGAGGUGGAACAAGUUAUGCAGUCAAACGAUCAGCUGUGAGCCAUGUGGAACUUAGAGAUUUAAAAGGACAAUGAGAAUAUGAACGAAGGCUUUCUUGUUGUUUGAUAAUUUGAAGCUUGAUUUUCUGAAAUUGUGUUGCAUUGCAAUGCUUAAGUCAACACAAAAGGACAACAAUGGAAAAGUAACCCAGGAAAUCUUCACUACAACAAUUACCAUGUUAGCAAACAUUGCGUAUACCUUUAACACCUUCGGAGACUACGUGCGAUCAAAGUACACAUUUCAUUUGCGCACAUGCAAUGUACUUACAUGUGAAUAUUCUUUGAUCACAUCUGAAGUUCUUUUUGUUUGUAUUUGAAAAUGAUUUCAUUUUCUUAAACUUUAUUUUAUUUACGAAGUGGAGUUUUGAACAUUGUCAAUGAAAUAUUGAACAUACCAGUUUUAUUGUAUAUGUUGUCUUGUACCAAUGUGAAUUUCGUCUUAAUAAGUAAUGUAGUGUGUGCAAUUAGUUGAUGAUAAACAUGUUUUUAUAACAUUA